AUGGAUCAAUCCUACCAGAAGAAUAUCCAAGAGCUUCAUGCAAACAGGGAGAGAUCUCUUGUUGCAGAGGCUUUGAUCGAUAUGAGUCAUCUCUCGUCCACCGAAGAUGUGACCCAUGUCCCCCGGUCAUCUGGCGUCCUUUCUGCAGAUGAAAUCGAGUGGACUGAGCAAUACGAUGUAACAGCUCUUGUGGAUUUGCUGGUCACCCAGAAAGUGAAAGCAGUUGACUUGCUUCAUGCUUUCCGAAAACGGGCCACACUGGCUCAGCAGCUCACAAACUGUCUCACCGAGCUCCUCGACGAAGCCAUCCCCAAAGCCCAAGCAUGUGACGAGCACCUGGCCAAGACUGGAACGCCACUUGGUCCACUACACGGAGUUCCUGUCUCAGUCAAGGAUCAGAUCGGAAUCGCCGGUCACAAAAACAAUGUCGCCUUCGUUGCGUGGACUGACCGAGUUUCUCAGGAAGACGCUGACAUUGUCAAGUGGCUCACUCAGCAGGGAGCCAUAGUCUUCGCACGAACCAGCCAGCCACAGGUCCUCAUGCACCUCGAGACAUCCAACAAUAUUUUCGGCGCGACCACGAACCCGCGAAACAGAGAACUGACCUGCGGAGGAAGCACUGGCGGAGAGGCGGCAUUGAUGGCAAUCCGUGGUACACCCAUGGGAAUUGGAGGCGAUAUUGGCGGCUCUAUUCGAUGCCCAGCCGCUCUGAACGGGUUGUAUGGCUUCAAGCCCUCCGUCGGACGUAUCAGCAAGACUGGAGCAGCAGGAACAGUGCCAGGAUGCGACUCCAUCAAGGGAACACUGGGACCUUUCACACGCAGCUAUCGUGACCUGGAGCUGUUCUGCAGGCUGUACUCACGCUCCGCUCGAUGGGAACUAGAUUCGUCACUCAUCCCAACGCCAUUCCACUCGAGCCCCCGAGUUGAAACCCAACGCAAGAUUCGCAUCGGUAUAAUCCGCGACGACGAAGUUGUCUCUCCACUCCCUCCAGUUCAGCGUGUUCUGGACCUCGUCGCUGCCAAACUCUUCCGAAGUGACCGAGUUGAGCUCGUUCCUUUCAAACCAUACAAACAUCAAGAGGCUUGGGAAAUCAUCACCGCCAAUUACUUCGAGGACGGCGGGGCGACUAUUCGAAAGAUUUGCGCGACGAGCGGCGAGCCCCUGCGUCCUCUAUCUGAGUGGAUCCUUAACGAGUGCGCGCAAAAUGAAAAGCUCGUCGCGGAGACACUACAGGGUCGUAAAGCCGCCAGGGAUGAGUUCCAAGAGGCCUACUGCGAUCAUUGGAAUGCUUCAGGGGUUGAUGCGGUUAUUGCCCCUGUUACUCCUAGUGUUGCCCCACCUCUCAAUACUACUCGCUCUUGGGGAUAUACGUCUAUUUGGAACUUGCUGGAUUACCCAGCUAUCUCGUUCCCUGCGUCAGACAUGGUCCAGGGCUGGGAGGUUGAUCUGGCCUCUGAGAACUACGUGCCACGAACGCCGACCGAGAAAGCCAUCUACGCGAAUUAUGAUCCCGACGUUGCGCAGAGAAUGCCUGUUGGUUUACAGAUUGUUGGCAAGCGCUUACAAGAGGGUCGAUUGUUGGAAGAUAUGGCUUUGAUUGAGCAAAUUCUGCGGCAAGAUUGA